CCUUCAUCUCCUAUAUAAGCAUCUGUCUCGACUCUCUGGUUCGAACUUUCUCACUCUACUUUGACCUACAUCACCAUCUUCAUCUCUGAAGAACACAAGCUCGCAUCUUUCUAUUCAUACAUACUUCACGCACGCAUAAAACAAAGCAAAAUUGAACAAUGUUUGGAGUGGUGUUUCCGAACCGGAGCUUCCCAAUCGACAUCUCCACCUUCAAUCAAAUCGACACCUUCCAUUGGGUCCUCGACAUGAACACCUUCGUUGGGGAGGCGUACGAUUCGAUCACUGAAGUUUGCAUAUUCCUCCUCAACAGCUUCUCUCUCCCACCCGACAAAGCCCUAGCCGUCUACAUCCAGUCCCCCGGUUCCCCUUUCCUCUUCUGCGGCGCCGUCACCUUGGCCCGCCCCUCCGCGGUGCUGUCUUUGCCGUGGCCGGAGCCGGGAGGCCAGUUGCAGCUCAUGGCCCCCGAUGCCGCCCCGCUCUCCGCCAAGAUCGGUGUCUCCGUCGAGGACCUUGCUUCGUUGCCCUCUCUUGAUGUGGUGGCGGAGAAGCGGAUUGAGCGAUUGGCGAUGAAGGUUGGGGAGAAUUUGUUCAAUUUCAUGCAGUCGUUUUGUGGUGUUGAUGGUAGCAAGCUUAUUGUGCCAAUGGAUAUACUGGAUAGAUGGUUCAAAAAGUUCCAGGACCGUGCCAAGCGUGACCCUGAUUAUCUCAAGGGUUUCGUGUUGUAGUUUUGGAGGUAUAUAUAUUUUUGUGCCAAGUGUUUGUAGUAAUGUUUGUGAGAAAUGAAUUUCAGAUUCAGUAGCUUUUGUUCACCUCAUUAUGUGUUUUGGAUGGAGAAAAAAAGUUUAAUCAAUUAUUUCCAACUUUUUUUAAUGCAA